UUCAUUCUCCUAGGCAUUACAGUAUAAUGUUCCACGGGGUAAGAAAAACCGAGGAUUACUAACCGUAUUAACAUACAAAAAUCUAGUCAAAAGUGAAAUGUUAACACCGGAGAAUAUUAAAUUAGCACAGUAUUUGGGUUGGUGUGUAGAAAUGCUGCAAAGUUUUCUCAUCAUUUAUGAUGAUAUAAUGGAUGCUAGUACCACUCGUCGCGGUCAACCAUGCUGGUAUAAAAUGGAGAACGUUGGGCUCACUGCUAUUAACGACGCCAUUAUGAUUGAAAAUGGCAUUUACACUUUACUCAAGAAGCACUUUGGUCAUUUGAGUUGCUACAAUGAACUACUAGAAUUAUUCCAUGAAAUAACUUUUAUCACAUCUUGUGGUCAAUCAUUGGAUUUGCUUAAUUCAAAAAACAAUGUCACAGCAUUCACAAUGGAUACUUACAAAUCAAUCGUUGCAAAUAAGACUGCCUACUAUACAUUCUAUUUACCUUUUGCCUUAGCUAUGCAUUUAGCUGGUUAUAAGGAUGCGGAAGCUUUUCGCCAAUCUAAAACGAUUUUGCUGGAAAUGGGUCAUUUCUUCCAAGUACAAGAUGAUUUUCUGGACUGUUUUGGCAAUCCGGAAGUAACUGGUAAAAUUGGAACAGAUAUACAAGAUAAUAAAUGCUCUUGGUUAGCUGUUGUCUGUAUGCAACGUGCCAACGAUGAACAAAAAGCUAUUAUGGCUGAAUGUUAUGGAAAAACAGAUCCUGAAAACGUAGAACGAGUAAAAGAACUAUAUAAAGAAUUGGGCAUACCGAAUACUUAUGCUACUUACGAAGAAGAUUCUUAUAAUAUGAUCAAGACACACAUUCAACAAACAUCUCGUGGCGUGCCACAUGAAAUUUUCUUGGAAAUUCUUAAUAAAAUUUAUCAGAGAGCUUCAUAAAUUGUUAGUGCCUCAUUUAAAAGAACUAAUCAUUGCUUCUUCAAUAGUUAGUAGGUUUUUAUAUGUAUAUAAACAUACAACUAAAAUUUUUAUAUAAAACGCAUGCUUUAAAACUGAUUUUAUAGUUUAGUUUUUAAGACUACAAUGUCAAAUACAAGAGUCGGUAUAUCCUUAAAGAAUUAUUAUAAAUAUAUAUUGUGUGUGAUUAUAAUUAGAAUUUAUUUUAUGUUAAUAAAUUUAUUUAAAAUCU